AUGGCUUUCCGCAACGGGUCCUUUGCGACCUUUCUCAUCGUGUGCCCAACCAGCUUCUUCCUCGGCAUCAUCUUUUCCCUCUUCCCCUACGACUACCCGAUCCUCUGGUCCACGACCCCGACGCCCGCCACGCACUUCGACUACUUUGAAUCCCACCUCCGCUUCCUGCACGCCUCCCCGCCCCUCAUCCCCCGCAUCCUCCACAUCGUCAUCUUUCUGGGGUUGGCCGGCCUCGUGACCAAGCUCUACCGCCCCUCGGAGAGCAACAUGCUCUUCGACGGCGCGAGCCUGGUCCUGUACAUGUGCGGCGUAACGGUGUACAUUGCGAAUAUCGUGAAGGGACUGCGGCUGGUCAGCGCGGGUACCUACGGCGAUGAUUUGCUCGCUGCGACCGCCGCCGCCGCCACCGCCGGUGCUGGUGCUGGCAGUGACGCGCCGGCCGAGGAAGGGCAGAUCCUCGGUCGCGAGGAUUCGCUGAAGGUUCUCGCGGCGAGCAACACGAUCCUGGCGCUGGUCUUGGUGGGGGUGCUCGUCUUGCAGGCGGGCCAGUGGUAUGCCGAGCGGAAGGAGGCGCAGGAGUUGGCGAGUUUCAAGGCU